AAUAUUUAUUGGGGGAAAACGUUAUCAGCGUCGUAUCUUUGAUGUUAUGUUUACAAAUGUAGUUCUUGCUUUAGCACAAAAUUAAAUGCAUUUUCAUUAUUUUCUUUCACAGCACUAGUCCCCCCCGUCCCCGACAGUGCAACGCCGGAAUGUAAAAGAUGCAACCCAGCGCACAAUGAUGACGUCGUUAGAAACAGAAAAAACAACAACAGAACUCAGCUGUUCGGCAGCUAACUAGCUGGCCUAGUUAUUUCAGCAUACUGUUGUUUAUUUUCGUGGAGUUUGUUUAUGAAAAACGUGUUUUAUACAUAUAUACCUGUUCAUAUAUAAAGUGAAUUAUAUGAAGUACUCGAUUCUUCAGCAGUUAACCUUCGUUUUAAACUAAUGUGUCUCCUGUCUGCUAGCUUCUAGCAGGUUAUGUUUUAACUGAGAGCCGCAGCCUUUUUCGACAAAAAGUCCAGUAUUUAUGGCAAACACAGACAGUCAAAUCACCUGGUUAAGAUUGUGACCUCCACAAAUGAGCAUCAAGAUAUUUUCUUCAACUGAUAUCAUGUCACCUCAAAAAAGACCCCUUGUCCCUGUGAGCAGCCGGCGGAAAGCUGCAGAGGACUAUUUUCCUUUUAACUUUCUUCCAGUGGAGUGCCAGCUGCAUGUCUUGUCCUUUCUGAAUGAAGUGGACAAGUGUAGCUGCGCUUUGGUUUGCCUCAGCUGGAGCUGUCUCGUCCGUUCAUGGAAGCUGUGGCGUAUAGCUGACUAUUCUCGCCGUGGCGUCUUCCAUCUGGGUCAGGAGGGGCUGCUGGUUUCCAAUCGUGAGUUUGAGAGGUGGAAAUCCUGGGUGCACCAUUACACCCACCACCUCAUCUCAAGGCGGGCAAGCCUGCUGACACUGAAGGCCAGCUUCGACCUGGGAGAUCGCUGCAACAAAUGGGGUGAGCUGCUGGGCCACCUGUUGGAUCAUGUACACUGCAGAGACCUCAGCCACUUAGAUCUCAAUUGGACCUUUACUCUUCUUGAGCCUCUGGACCUCAGGGUCCACUCCAGCUCGAGUUCACACCAGGACAGUGUUACCAAAAUGGAUCAGGUGACCAGUUUUCAGGAGCUGCUGACCAAACUCACACACAGUUGCCCACGCAUUUCUAAGAUGCGGAUACAUUUUGACUGGUCAGAUUUGUCCGUGUCACUACUCACUAAGUUCCAGCAGCUCCGUGUCCUUGAGCUCAAGUACUUCUGGGUCUUUAAAGGAGUGACACCGGCAACGUUGCAGACCCUAACCAAGUCCCUGCCCAACUUGAAGUCUUUGACAUUACAAAUCCUAGUGCCUCUCAGGAACCUGGGUAUCUCGUACACUUUGGAGUCUCAGUCUCUGGAGUUCCUGGACGUUUCACCAAGCCGAGGCUUAGUCUUUUCCCUUCUGAAGCUGCCCACUCUGCGCGAGCUUCGAGCAAAGAAGAUCGUUCGUGGCAUCACCCUGGACCGGAGGACCAGGCUGAGGAUUCAGAGUCGGUGGCCGUGCCUUUACCAUGUCCUCCGGGAGGGGACACCGAACCUUCAGGCCCUUAACAAUGAGAGGCUCCUUCCAUCAUGGAGAGACGAGAACUAUGGUGAACUGUCGGCCAUCCUAGAACAGUCCUGUUAUUGUGUUAGGCAUCUAGACAGCUGGCUUUGGUAGUCAACUGAGGUUGCUUGUCGUCGGUAGAUUCCAGAAAGUCUGGUUUUAAAUAAUCUGAACAUGAAUUCAAUUGUAAAUAAAAACUGAGACUUGAAGUGUAUUUGACAUGCAUAUCUGCUUUAUUUCCUUUGUCCAGUUUCUCCAGGAAGCUGCCAUGCCUCGUGCUGGUUGCACUGUGCUCAUCUGAAUUCAUUUCCAACAAAAUCUAAGCUGGGAGAGUUACAACAUUUCCAACAUUUUGACUCAGCCAGGUGUGUACAAGUCUACUUUCCACUGGAAAGUUCCUGAUACUUCAAAAAAACUGAAAUCUGGUAAACCUUCCUAAUGUACAAAGUGUAGUUCUAAUUUGUAUUUCCACAACAGCCCCUAAAACCCCCAGCAUUCCCUGACUACCCUGAUUUGAUAGGGUAGACUUUUGGUGGAAACAAGAUUGGCUCCUCAGUAGGUUUUUGAGGCCCAGAUCCACAAUUUAGGGAAAAGAAGAAAUUAAACAAUUAAACUUGCAAAUGCACAAAUAACAGAGAUGAUUUGUGUGUGAAUGUAUAAUUUUUUAAUGUCUGAGUAAAGAUUUUAGUAUCAUGAAGUCUCUGGCUGAUGAUGAUGUGUCCAGACUGACUGACUGACUUUGUUGAUCUGGGGAAAUUCAACUGCUGGAACAGGCACUAGAACACAGCAAGGAAUCGUGCAAAGAGGAAGUGACUGAUUGUUACUGACACUGGACCAAUAGACUAUUUCGAACUUUGUUGUCAGUGUUUGGACAUGCAAAAUAGGGAAGGUUUCAUUUCACUGCUUGACCAGUUUGCACAAAGUGCAAUGUUUUUGCAAAGUCCCUUUUGAGUAGUGUUAAUGUUGUUAAUGUGUAACAUUUCAUGAAGGAACUCAAUCAUAGUUAAUGUCUGGAAAAAAAUCAAACAUUUCUGUUGCCUUUAUGGAGGUUUGCUGUUGCAAAUGUGUGACCAGAUCUCAGCGGUUUGGGGAAAGUUUUCAUUUGUAUGUUAUGUUUCUUGUUGUUCUUUUUCAUUCCCAUGAGAUUCAAAUAAAUAAAUCAACACUC